AUGGCGCCUUCUCGUGUUGAUACACCUGAGCCUAUGAGCACUCCCAACCCUCUGAAGUCUCAGCAAAGCACGAAGCAGGAAACCCAUUACGGUGACUUUCGUGAUGAUUUUUUCAAGAAUGGCUACACUGUCAUCAAGGGCGUUCUGAGCAAGGAGCGCGCCCGGGAGUACCAGAGCGAGGCACUCACCUGGCUGGAGUCAUUCAAUAUCGGAUUCGACCGCAAUGAUAGAAGCACAUGGAAGAAAGAAAACCUGCCCCAAAGCUUCAAAGGUGGAAUGUAUCUUCACUUUGCUGCGGCACACGAGAAGUACAUGUGGGAUGUUAGAACCGAACCAGGAGUUGUUGAGCCAUUUGCGAAACUCUGGGGAACCGAUGAACUGGUUGUCUCCUUCGACACCGUCAACAUCACACUGCCUCAAUCCAUCGUUGGGGAGUAUGAUUCCAAGCCUUGGCCUCACUGUGACCAGGCUCCAGAGCGCAAGGGUUUGUCUUGUGUUCAAGGCAUUGUGAACCUAUCCGAAUCCGGACCGAAUGACGGUGGUCUCGUCGUCAUGAAGGGAUCUGCCGCUCUCUUCGAUAAUUUCUUCGAAGAGAACCCAGUGACAGGCCCCAUGCCAUGGCGAACUGCUAAGCACAAGGACUUCCAUCCAUUCUCAGACAAAGAUCUGGACUGGUACCGCGAGCACGGCUGUGAGUUGGUCAAAGUCUGCGCCGAACCGGGUGACUUGAUUCUGUGGGACUCGCGUGAGAUGCACUGGGCACAGUUUGGAGAUUCUGACCUUAUUCGCACAAUUGUCUACGCAACCUAUACACCUGCGGCCUGGAUGUCUGACGAAGACCGAGCAGCAAAGAAGGAGCUAUUCGAGAAUUUUGAAACUACGACCCAUUGGCCACAUACUAAUCUCUACACCCAUGGCAAGGCAACAAUCAAAGUUGAUGGAGAGGAGGUACCAGACCCGCUGGAAAGGGAUGAGCCUCUUACCAAACCAGUGAAGACUGAGAGGUUGCUAAAGCUAGCCGCACACGGUACAAUAGAUCUUAGUACGCAAAUCGCUUAUACUCAGCAUGACAUAUAUUGCAAAUCCACCUUUGUCGACGCCGCGCAUCAUGAAUAUGCUGUUACAAAAGACUCCUCACCGAAUGUCCCUACAGGAACGGUGAAGCUAGUCGAGGAUGGAGAAAUUGUCUUGAUUCCAACUCCUUCCCCUGAUCCCAGAGAUCCUCUCAACCUACCUCAAUGGCAGAAGUGGGUGAUAAGCAGCACUUUAGGAGUGUUCGCCGUGCUGAGUGUCCUGAUGACCUCUGGUAUGGGCCCUAUCACCACUACCAUCUCGGCCUAUUACGACGGUAAUCCCAGAACCAACGAUCUGAUGACAUAUCCAACGUUGUUCAUGGGACUUGGAAACGUAGUCGCUGUACCACUCGCUGAGGCUGUGGGACGUCGUCCAGUAUUCCUGACGUCUGCUCUUAUCCUGACAGUCGGGUCUAUCUGGUGUGCUGCGAGUACUAGUCUGGACUCGCAUAUUGCGGGACGAGAUGUAUUAUCUUUGGCUGCCGGUCAGUCGGAGGCAUUAUGUCCUCUCAUCAUUCAGGAAAUCCAUUUUGUUCACGAGCGCAGUAGUAGGCUAGCAUGGUUCAGCGCCAUCCAAUCUAUAGGAAGCGCUGCCUUGACAAUUGCUACAGCCUACCUUGUUCAGAGCCUGGGGUGGAGGUGGUGGUACGGCAUAUUCGCUAUUAUAAGCGGCGUACUAUUCUUGGUCUCCUUUGCACUGGUCCCGGAGUCUUUGUAUCAACGGCCCACCGACGCUUUUGAUGGUCAGGUCCAUGUUCAGCAUGAAGGCGAAGACCUGGCCGUUGUUCGUGCAACUACAAAGCACCGAGUCGAAUUGGACUUCACCCGGUAUCAACCGCGUACAUGGCGGCACAGCUUGAAGGUCUUCCACGGUCCCGCGAAGUGGCCGGUAGCGAUAGACUGCUGGAAGCACAUGCUGCAGUGUAUCUUGUUUCCCAACAUCCUGUGGAUCGUCUUGAUGAACAGUGUCGUGCUCGGAAUCUACGUGAUCAUGGUAACUGUGUUCGGAUCCAUCCUUACCGCACCACCAUACAACUAUCCCGCCACAGCUUUAGGUCUUGUCCAAGGAGGCCAGAUAGUCGUCUCACUGAUCCUCGUCCCUGUUCUCGGAUACGGCGGAGACAAGCUCCACGAAUGGAUAGCAAGACGCCGUAACGGUGUGGCCGAACCUGAGUUUCGGCUGAUCCCCAUAUUACUGCCUGUCGCCGUGGCACUCAUCUCAUGUGUCAUCUUUGGUCAUGCUGGUUCCGAUCCAUAUCACUGGUCGCCGUGGGCAGUCACGGUCGGUUUUAAUGGGAUUUACUUCGGCUUCAUUGGUAUCAUACUCAUUGGAUAUACGUACUCCCUUGAUAGUUAUGGAGAGCGAGCAGGGCCCAUUCUGGUUCUGAUCUGUACAAGUCGUGGCUUGAUCUCCUUCGGGAUUUCCUUUGGAGUCACUAAAUUCGUUGCACAGAUGGGUUAUAAGCAGGCAUUGGAUAUCUGUGCUAUCAUCAUGGGAGUCAUCUCGGCUUUUGGUUUCGUUGUUUUCAUCUUCGGUUCCAAGAUUCGGUUCCUUACGAUGAAGUAUGCUGUUGACAAAAAGACAGCUGAGAUAUAGUACAUACAGAUUAUGCUUCUCCAUGGCUUUGUCC